GGGGUGCUUGCGUGUCUUGUUUGUGUACACGCCGUGUGUAACCAUUGCUCUGCCUUCUCCCAGGGAGGAGACAGGGAAGGGGCAAGGCGGGUUCAGAUGUCACACUUACGACUUGAGGGACAAAGAACCAGGGCUGAUCUGGGCUCUCCAACUAUCCAGACCGGAGCUGAUUAUGUUGGGAGGUCGGCGUGUGACAGAAACACCAAAGGGAAGGGGGCAGAAGACUUCAAGCCCCCUCUUUCCUAGCCUGGACAGGUAUCUUGGCCUCAGCUGUCCUUGAAGUUACCAUGGCGUGGUCCCCACCAGCCACCCUCUUUCUGUUCCUGCUGCUGCUAGGCCAGCCCCCUCCCAGCAGGCCACAGUCACUGGGCACCACUAAGCUCCGGCUGGUGGGCCCAGAGAGCAAGCCAGAGGAGGGCCGCCUGGAGGUGCUGCACCAGGGCCAGUGGGGCACCGUGUGUGACGACAACUUUGCUAUCCAGGAGGCCACAGUGGCUUGCCGCCAGCUGGGCUUCGAAGCUGCCUUGACCUGGGCCCACAGUGCCAAGUACGGCCAAGGGGAGGGACCCAUCUGGCUGGACAACGUGCGCUGUGCGGGCACAGAGAGCUCCUUGGACCAGUGCGGGUCUAAUGGCUGGGGUGUCAGUGACUGCAGUCACUCAGAAGACGUAGGGGUGAUAUGCCACCCCCGGCGCCAUCGUGGCUACCUUUCUGAAACUGUCUCCAAUGCCCUUGGGCCCCAGGGCCGGCGGCUGGAGGAGGUGCGGCUCAAGCCCAUCCUUGCCAGUGCCAAGCAGCAUAGCCCAGUGACCGAGGGAGCCGUGGAGGUGAAGUAUGAGGGCCACUGGCGGCAGGUGUGUGACCAGGGCUGGACCAUGAACAACAGCAGGGUGGUGUGCGGGAUGCUGGGCUUCCCCAGCGAGGUGCCUGUCGACAGCCACUACUACAGGAAAGUCUGGGAUCUGAAGAUGAGGGACCCUAAGUCUAGGCUGAAGAGCCUGACGAAUAAGAACUCCUUCUGGAUCCACCAGGUCACCUGCCUGGGGACAGAGCCCCACAUGGCCAACUGCCAGGUGCAGGUGGCUCCAGCCCGGGGCAAGCUGCGGCCAGCCUGCCCAGGUGGCAUGCACGCUGUGGUCAGCUGUGUGGCAGGGCCUCACUUCCGCCCACCGAAGACAAAGCCACAACACAAAGGGUCCUGGGCAGAGCAGGAGCCGAGGGUGCGCCUGCGCUCCGGGGCCCAGGUGGGCCAGGGCCGGGUGGAAGUGCUCGUGAACCGCCAGUGGGGCACGGUCUGUGACCACAGGUGGAACCUCAUCUCUGCCAGUGUCGUGUGUCGUCAGCUGGGCUUUGGCUCUGCUCGGGAGGCCCUCUUUGGGGCCCGGCUGGGCCAAGGGCUAGGGCCCAUCCACCUGAGUGAGGUGCGCUGCAGGGGAUAUGAGCGGACCCUCAGCGACUGCCCUGCCCUGGAAGGGUCCCAGAAUGGUUGCCAACAUGAGAAUGAUGCUGCUGUCAGGUGCAAUGUCCCUAACAUGGGCUUUCAGAAUCAGGUGCGCUUGGCUGGUGGGCGUAUCCCUGAGGAGGGGCUAUUGGAGGUGCAGGUGGAGGUGAACGGGGUCCCACGCUGGGGGAGCGUGUGCAGUGAAAACUGGGGGCUCACCGAAGCCAUGGUGGCCUGCCGACAGCUUGGCCUGGGUUUUGCCAUCCAUGCCUACAAGGAAACCUGGUUCUGGUCGGGGACGCCAAGGGCCCAACAGGUGGUGAUGAGUGGGGUGCGCUGCUCAGGCACAGAGCUGGCCCUGCAGCAGUGCCAGAGGCACGGGCCGGUGCACUGCUCCCACGGUGGCGGGCGCUUCCUGGCUGGAGUCUCCUGCAUGGACAGUGCACCAGACCUGGUGAUGAAUGCCCAGCUAGUGCAGGAGACGGCCUACUUGGAGGACCGCCCGCUCAGCCAGCUGUAUUGUGCCCACGAGGAGAACUGCCUCUCCAAGUCUGCGGAUCACAUGGACUGGCCCUACGGAUACCGCCGCCUAUUGCGCUUCUCCACACAGAUCUACAAUCUGGGCCGGACUGACUUUCGUCCAAAGACUGGACGCGAUAGCUGGGUUUGGCACCAGUGCCACAGGCAUUACCACAGCAUUGAGGUCUUCACCCACUACGACCUCCUCACUCUCAAUGGCUCCAAGGUGGCUGAGGGGCACAAGGCCAGCUUCUGUCUGGAGGACACAAACUGCCCCACAGGACUGCAGCGGCGCUAUGCAUGUGCCAACUUUGGAGAACAGGGAGUGACUGUAGGCUGCUGGGAUACCUACCGGCAUGACAUUGAUUGCCAGUGGGUGGAUAUCACAGACGUGGGCCCCGGGAAUUAUAUCUUCCAGGUGAUUGUGAACCCCCACUAUGAAGUGGCAGAGUCAGAUUUCUCCAACAAUAUGCUGCAGUGCCGCUGCAAGUAUGAUGGGCACCGGGUCUGGCUGCACAACUGCCACACAGGUAACUCCGAGCCACUGUGGAAUCAGCCAUCUAUAGGCUCAGGGAGCUGGAAGACUGUAAAUGUACCCUCUGCUCCCACACUCCAGCGUGUGACUUGUAUGUGUGUGGUGUGUAAAAGGCUAUGGAUGGAACAGAGAUGCAUUUCCUUUGACAUCUUACAAGGUAGACUUCUAGAACUGGUCAGACCAUCGGCUUCACCCAAUAACUACAUCUUCUACAUCCCUGUUUGCACUUAAGGCUGUUUGAUUGUAAACUCAGUUUCCAAUCUGUCCUAGAAUCUUUCCUCAAGCCAUGUCAGGAUUUUCUUUUCAAGUCCAUUAUUUUUCCUUUCUCUUUCAUAUAGAAGUUAGGGUUAGGGUCCUCACAGGCAAAAGUAAAAGUCCUCUUGCUCUGUGUUGCUGUCUCCAGCUGUGAUCACUGCUUGCAAGAAGGGGACCAUGGAAAACAGAGCCACUUACAGGAUUGGUAGCAUCAGUCAAAGGAAGCAUCAUGAUCCAGUGGGGGCAGAGAAGAGGGGCUGUUCUGUCAGUAAAGACUCCCUCUAUCUUCAAGGGUUAAAAAUGCCUGUAUUUGCUAUGGGAUAUGCAUUCACACUCAUACUUGCGUAUGUGCGGUGGGAUGGGGCAGAGUUGUUCAUUCAGUCAACAAACAUUUACUAAGGCUCACUGUUGUGUUGAACGCUGUGCCCCAGAAACUAGGAAUGUAAGUGUCAGAUAGGGUAUGCACACAUGCAAAUAGCCCCAAUACUACUAAUGUGUGGACUGAAUGCUGAGCAAGCACAGACAGAAAGCAACCUGUUGGGGGCUAGCACAAGCUUCACAGAAGUAGUAUUUGAUCUGAGGUUUGAAGGAGGAGCCAAAGUCAAAGAUGGGAGGAGUAGAGAAAGAGCACAGGACUGGGCUUUGGAAGGCGUCACCCGAAUCCAGUCCCACCACUUUCUAGCUGGAGGACAGUGAGGAAAUCACGACCUGAGUUUUCUGUUUUGUAAAAUGGGGCUAUAUACUUCAAACUUACUAAGUACUAGAGCUUUUCGCAGGGAGGGUUGUGAUAGUUCUAAGAUAAUGGAUUUUAUCCCGUGGGCUUCUGGGAACUAUUGACAAAUUUCAGUCAAGGAGGCAAAAGAUCAUUUAGGUUUUCAAAAAAUAACUGUGGCAACAGAUGGACAAAAAUGAGAAGAGGAAGAACAGUCUAAGGUUUCGAAUUUGUGUGGCUGAGUAGAUUGUGCUGCCACUUAAAUGAAACAGGGAUAUUGAGAGGAACCAGGAACUGGAAUCCAAGGCUACGCACACAGAGACAGCGGAUCCUCCAUAACGCUGGAAUCAGGCUGCAAGGGUUCCCAGGCAGUGACAAGGGCAAGAAAAAUAAUGCAGUCCUACAGGUCCUCUUGCCAGUGUUUAGGAUGCAAAAGGGCUAAACAGAAGUGUGCAGAAAACAGAAGGCACACUCGGGUGAGAGUCCAAGGUUAUUUAAUUAAAGGACUAUUUAUAAGAAAACAAGGAGUGUUGAGACAUCAAGCAUAAAGAAAGUAGAAAACCGUUAUCUGCUUUAGGCUUGAAGAGGGGCAAGGGCUGCUUUGCAGCCAGGUGCAAGCCAGAGUUGUGAAGGAGGGUGAACCUAGCUGGAACAGGAGUCACAGACCAUCACUGCCAGAACCACAGGGCCAAAGUAGGGGAAGGAAUAUCCGGCCUCUCUCCUUCCACCCUCUGACCUUCUGCUGUUGCUUUCCAUUGACCCAACUCAAACAAACAAAAAAAGAGGACAAAGGAGCCAGAGUGAUGUAAUCGCUAGGCAUCAGCUUCCUAGGGCACAGAGGAAAAAAGGGCAGAGAAUGAACCUGGGGAGAGGGGCAAAGGAGAAUAACUAGCACAACUCUUUCCAAUCAAUAGCCUGUUCUUCCUGAUGUUCCUGAAACCACACACCUGUCCCAGGCCUAUUUCUAUAGAAUGACUGGUGUCUGUGCCCAUGCCAUGACUUGAUAUAAAGGAGGAGCUGGGCAGAGUGGAUCUAUGUAAGUUGUCAGGGAAGGGAUGAGACUGUGGUAAGGUUGGCUACUUACCUGUUUUCCUUUGGCCCACAGGGAAUUCAUACCCAGCCAAUGCAGAACUCUCCCUGGAGCAGGAACAGCGUCUCAGGAACAACCUCAUCUGAAGCUGUCACUGCACACUCCUAGCUGCUGCCAAUACACCAGAUACCUCAGCUUAUUGGAGCCAUGCCCUUCACAGAGUCCCAACUCAGAGGAAAAGGGCCAGUGCCAAGGGGCACCAAGAACCUGCUCAGGAAGCCUUUUGAUGGCAAGAUCACCAAUCCAGAUGGUAUUGCUCCCUCAGGAUGGCUCUGGGCCUGCCCCUAAGGGCCUGUGGCCUAUGGAAUAUGGCCUCCAGGCUUUGCUCAGCUGAGCUCCUCUUCUAUAAGGAAACCCAGUCAUCCCUGAAUCUUGCCACAGAGAUCCGGGAUUCAGGAGCUCUCAGUUUCUUAGGGAUGGACUAUGGCCCAGUCCCCCAUCUAAGUGGUGCUUUGCAAAUGUCUUGGAGGAGUAUAGGACAGAGGACCAAAAUACACAGCAGGUAGUGUUAGCUCUCUGCUAGGAGCUCAAAGCAACACAACUUGUAUCAAAAUCACAACUGGCAGAGAAGCUGGUGGAUCCAAUCCUCUCUUCAUCUGUUGUUAUUUAGAACUCAACUCUCACACUCUGUUCUUUAGUGUCCUUACCUUUAUCUUACCACACACAUGGGUGUUUCUAUUAUCUUUGGAAGCACAGACCUCGGGCAUCCCCUUAUUGCCUGAUGGGCCAACACCAACAGUUACGGAGUGCUUGAGAAGGGGCAAGUUUCACAGAAAUGGCCAGAUAGGGCCUUCCUACAGAGCAGCAAGAGUAGGCCAAGCAGAAAGACUGCUGAGGUAACAUGGACCCCAGCCCCUGUCAGGGCCUCUGCCCAGGAAAUAAUAUGGACCAUUUACCUGGCAGGCAGUCUGCUCUCUCUCAGGAUCACCACGCAUCUCAGGAUUGGUCUAAACUUCAAGUCUCAACCAAGUGUCUGAAGUGAACUUUGCAUUGAAUAAAUUUUUGCCAUGGAAAGAACAUCAAACAAGCCACUCAUCUCUACAGAGAUAAGAAAACAAGUUUGGCAGAGCAAGAGACAGAAGACCGUGGAGAAAUCAGAAGGGGGAACAGUCAGUUUAGUUAAGGAUGGAACCUGGGAAAGGCCACCAUUCCUGCUUGAUGGGGCUCUGAUUUGCUCUUGCUCAAGUGGAAUAAAACCCCAUGGUCUUCCUGACAUGAUUCUUGAUCUUUUCUCCACUGAGACACACUUAAGUGAUGAUCCUUACAGGACUGACACCCUAAUGCCAAUAAAAGUUGCUCAUUAUGGACUGCUACAAA